CGCGUCGGAGUCCGUCCUGCGAGCAAGCGGAUACUGGUUUGUCGUUGCCGCUGUGCUCGCGCGUGCCUCUCCGCGAUCCGCGCGCGCGCGCGCGCGUGCCAGUGCCCACGCGAUUCACCCGCAGUGAGAAUAUCGCAAAGUGCUAACGCCAGCGAGAAAUGAGCGUGUGGUGUUGAGUGACGGGAUGUUGUUUAAUGCCCCGACCGAUCGACCGACGCUGAAGGAAAACGAGCCGUUCGCGAUGCUGACGUCGAGCGCCAACCAGUACCUCCGCCCGGAGUACCUGACGCCCCUGCCGACCACGCUGGACGCGAAGAAGAGUCCGCUGGCCCUGCUGGCGCAGACGUGCAGUCAAAUCGGCGUGGAUCCACCGCAGUCGGGCAAGUCGAUGCUGGCAUCUCACGACAGCAAGGCCAGCAGCAAGGCCGCCAGCAAGUCCUCGUCGGACCCGGCGGGCGCGGGCCGAGAGAAGGGCUCGCCGGCGACGGCGCUGUACGUGCCGCCAACGCCGUCGGCCUCGUCGACCUCGUCGACCUCGUCGACCUCGUCGAUCGAGAGCGCCCGGUCCAGCAGCAGCUUCAAGCCCUACGAGUCGUGCCUGGCCGAGGCCAAGUCGUCGAGCCCCGAGCAGCAGCAGCAGCGCGUGUCGUCGGUGCACUCGUCGAGCUCGAGCACCUCGCGCUCGCGCACGCCGGCGACCAGCAACAAGCGCUGCUCGAGCAACCAGAGCGCCUCGUCGGGCGGCCGGGCGGCCACGCCGCAGGGCCGCAAGAGCUCCACGCCGGGCGAGCCCCGGGCCUCGCCGAGCUCGAGGCCCGGCGAGGGCGCGGCCGCGGCCCCCAGCCCCUCGCGGCCGAGCGCCUCGCUGGCCGCGACCGCCACCACCGCCAGCGCCUCGGCGGCCACCUACGGGCUGCCGUUCCCGCCGCAGCUGCCGGCGAUGGACCCGAUGUCGGCGAGCUCGCUCAUGUCGGCGCAGCACCACGCGGCGCUCAAGAGCGGCCUGGCGCACCCCUACAUGGGCUACGCGCGCAUGAAAACGCCCGGCGGCGCGGACGCCCUGGUGCCCGUCUGUCGCGACCCGUACUGCAGCAGUUGCCAGCUGAGCAGCCAGCUGCUGGCCUCGGCGCCGGGCGCCGCCGCGGCGGCCGCCAAGGCGGCGGCCGCGGGGCCGUGUGCCGCCGGCUGCGCGCAGUGCGACCACGGCAAGUCGUCGGCGGUCGCCGCGGCCGUGGCCGCCUCGGCCUCGCCCGCCUACGCCGCGUACGCGCACGCGCAGCUGGUGGCCUUCGCCGCCGCCUCGCAGGUGCCCUACGUGUGCAACUGGAUCGGCAGCGACGCCGCGUACUGCGGCAAGCGGUUCGCCACCUCGGACGAGCUGCUGCAGCACUUCCGCACGCACACCGGCCAGCCGGCCGGCCCCGGCGGCGACGCCAACGCCGCGGCCGCGGCCGCGGCCACCACUGCGGCGGCCCUGUCGCUGCUGACGCCGCCGGUCCUCGCCGCCGGCCACCCGCUGCUGUCGCGGUCCUACCCCACGCCGCCGCUCAGCCCGCUCGCCUCGGCCAGGUACCACCCGUACGGCAAGCCGCACUACGGCGCGCCGGGGCUCGGCGGGCUCGGACUGCAGCUGCCGCCGCCGCCGCACGCGCUGCCGGCAGCCGCCGGACUGCCGCCCUACUUCUCGCCCUACUCGCUGUACGCGGGCUCGAGGCUUGGUGCCGCGUCCGGGAUGCAUCCGUAAGCGGUUCAGUGUGAUAAUCGAGUCGGCCCGCCUCGCUCGAGGCACCCUCUCGGCGGCCGAGCGCUCGUGUUUGACGCUCUUCCCGUUCAUUUGUGUGACAGUGAACGCGUGUGUGUCGACUUGCGACUGUCUUCUUCCACGGACACCCGUAACGCGAGGUUCUUUCGAGAAGUAUCACAAGACGCUCGAAGCCUUUUCUCCCAAGUACGCUCAAGUUAUGUACUUUUCUUUCGGUCGAGAGGCGCUCGAGAGAGAAACGCGAGGUCGAUCAUAUAUAUAUAUAUAUAUAUAUAAAUAUAUAUAAAGAGCCUGACUGGUAUACCACCGCGCGGAUUCGUUGCGGAUGUUUGACUGUGAUUAUUUACUUUGACUUUCUCGAUUAACGCCGAGGGACGACUGCGGGCGUAUCUAUAACGAUAUAAAUAUAAAUAGAUAAGAGACGCAGAUUUCGUUUGUUUUCCUUCGCGGUAUACAUAUAUUGCGAUCUUUUGUUUUUAAUCUUCCGUACUGUCGAAUUUCAUUCAUGUACAAUUGUCAUCCUUUUCAUAUCCCGAUUCGAAUUCGAUGAUUAUUAAACUGCGAGCGGUAGAAAACGUUACUAUUUGACUUGUAUUGUACCCACGAAGGCCACUGAAUGUGGGAUCACGUGUAUCUCCGCAUUGGAAAUCACGUCUUUGUCCCUUGCAAUGCUGUAUGCCUUAUCAAUAUCGACGACUGUCUGUGUAUCCGAGUGUCCUUUUUUUCUUGUCUCUCUUUGCAUACCAUGUAAAUAUUGAAAUUAGUAUGUGCGUUCUCGUUUCAUAAUGAAAAGACAACUGUAAAUGUUCAUUAUCAUAGGACUUCUCUUUCUGUCCUUGACGAAUUCGUUAUUUAUCGGUCGCGGUGCAUAAUUCCCCUCUUUUUUCUUCGACAAAUUACGGCAUCGUAAAAGACUUCAUCGACGGCCUGCUUCUUCUUUCAUCGUUACAUCGUUACCAACGUAUUGAAUGUUACAUCUGCCUUGUAACGAGCGACAGUAAAAUGAAUAAUCAUAAGCUCUCUGUGUACCCCCCUACCGACUCGUAGUAUUUUUUUCUUUUUUUUUGGAUUUUUUUUUAUUGUUGCUACGCGUAGCACAGGAUGGAUAAUGAUGAAAUAAAAAGAAGGCGCAUGGAAUAAAGCGCUUAACUACGAAUUGCCCAGCCCAUAAAUUUGGACGUUGAACAUUGUCGGGGCUGCUAACGCGUUGCUCACGGCUGCAUAAUCAGUCAGUGUCGCCUCCCCCUCCCGUUUUCAUUAUUUAUAACCGGACGCCGCAGAGAGUGAGAGAGUGAGAGAGAGAGAGAGAGAGGAAGAGAGAGCGCGCGCGAGCGCACACUAGCCACGCGAAUUUGCUCACGCACUCUGCCUCUGUACAAUCCUUAUGCGUAUAUAGAUAGAUGCAAGAGAGAUAUACUGUAAAUUUGUUCAUAGACAGCAUUAUACAGAUAUAAUGUAGCUUGUAAUUACAACGCGAAGGAGGACCGAUGGAUCACGUGUGAGCGUGCAAGAGCGAAAGAGCGCAUGGCAGAGCGUACAUUUGAUGCGAGAGGCUGCGUGAAAGUUUUCAUUGUGCUGCGAGGGACAAAAAAGUGCUAACGAUAGAUAUAUAUAUUAUAUAAAUAUAUAUAGUAUAAAUAUAUGCAACAAUCUCGUCGUCUAUUUUUGCGUAACCAAAGUUCUUUGUAUAGAUGAUAACGAACCAUUUCAUUCAACUACAUAUGUAGGACGUUGUUUUCCGCGACGUCUCGCCCGGAUGAAAAAAGUGGAAAGAACAAAGAAAGAAAGAAAGAAGGGCUUUUACCUAUAUCGCCCCUUCGAUGUCGAUUUAUUAUUAUUCCCCUUCGAGACAAAUGUAUUAACGAUCUUUUUGUUAUUAUUAGGAGCAAAUUAUCCUUCGAACGAUUACUUUUCUUUUGCGAUGUUUGUACCACAAAUCGUCAGCGUUUUCAUUGUUGUAAUAUUUUUAUUAUCGUCAUUAAUUAUUUUACAUUAUUCUAUUGAUUAUAUUUACUGAAGAAAAACAAUACAUUCUUAUGUUUAUCUUAUAUGAUAUUUUGUUUUUCUCUUUCUUGUUUGGUAUUGAGAAAAUGCUGAGAAAAUUUAAACAAACGCUAUAGGUUUUUCAAUUUUGAACUAGCGGAAAAGAAAAUUUAUAACGCAAGAAGCGAAUUUGUCGAAAAAGAAAACUGUGUUUUAGUCAACUAAAAACCAUUACAUUUGUAAACAAAACAGCGAAUUCGAUAAUAUUGGCGCUUGUAUAGUAGUUUUUCCCUCUUAAAUUACGUGCAAAUCUGUCUCUUGAACAAUUGGAAAUGGCGAAAAAAUUUCUGAAAAAUAUAACAGAUUGUUUCACA